AUUUUUGAAACGAGCAUGAAGCGGUCGCUUAAUUUUCUCUGUGGAGCUGUGCUGCUCUGCAACACGCUCUGUGCGGCCAAAGAGUUGGCGCAGAACAAUGUGAAUCCAAAUGACAGCGAAGAGGCGCAUAAAUUGGAGAUCCUGCUGGAGUCCACACGUACUAGCACAACGCCAAAGCCCAUCAGCAGCUCCACAACCAAAACAAGCACCUAUGAGACCCACAUAGAGGACCAUGAAUACAAUUUUAAAAACGAUCGCCUGCCUGCGCUUACUGAGGAUGAGUUCAACAGCUUGAGCCACGACGCCAAUCCGCAGCAUUUUCUCAAACAGCUGGCAGAACCACCUGUGGACACAACUGAGCCGCAGAACACUAAAUCUGACCCGAUUGCCGGCACACCAAUCUACAUUACCAUACCGAUCUAUAUCAAUACCUCUGGCAAAAUGCCGAUCAGCUUGACCAUUGGCGAUCAGGAACUACCGCUGGAAAGACGCAGCUCUGCGCAGAAGAAGAACCACUCCACCAAGUCGCCCAACUCAUAUUUCAAUCGUUUGCUGGAGAAAAUUGAGCCACCCAAAAGGCGCACAACCAAUCGACAUCGCAGCCAGAGCCGCAGCAAGAUCCAAGCUCUGAAGGAGCGCAAUGCCUCACAGCUCUAUAAAAAGCUAAGCACAGCGGAGAAUGAGGAAUAAAGAGUGCAAACUAAAGGACUUUCAGUUAAAGGAAUUUCGUGUAUUUGCACAUUUUUACAGCUAACAAUAAAUAGUAAAAAU